CACAUCUGUUGGGGUAGAAGAAGCAGAACAACUGUCGUGCUUAAAGAAGCAGAAAUAAAAAUAAAUACCAUUUUACUGUUUUUUUAAGCCCAGACAAUAAAGCGAAUAAGUUAUCUGACGCCAUGGCUCACUACAAAGGUGCCGCCAGCGAGGCUGGGCGAGCUGCGCAGCUGAUGAAGAAGCGCGAGAUUCAGCAGCAGGAGAUCGAGUUUCGGAAAAAGAAAAUUGAGGAGGAGCUGAAGCUGGAUAAGAUUGAGAACAAGUUUGCGACGCACUACGAUGCCGUGGAGCAGCAGCUCAAGUCGUCGACCAUUGGCCUGGUCACGCUGGAUGAGAUGAAGGCCAAACAGGAGGACAUCGUGCGGGAACGUGAAAAGAAACUAGCGCAAAAGAAAGAUGAAAAGGAUCGCGAGAAACAACGCGCCCUGGAAGCCAUACAAGCGGAAAAAAACAAACAGAAACGACAAAUACAAGCGUUAUCCUUUAAUCUAGACGACGACGAGGAAGAGCAGGGCGAAGACGAAGAUGAUCUGGAGGAAAACAAGUUCGUAAAGCCCAAGGCAGCCAAGUGGACCGAUCUACAGCAAGAUGAGGUGCCCGUCAAGAAAAAGAAAAUAUGCAAAAAUCCCGAUGUGGACACAUCGUUUCUGCCAGAUCGCGAUCGCGAGGAGCAGGAGAAUCGAUUGCGCGAACAACUGCGUCAGGAAUGGGUUAUGCAGCAGGCCGAGCUGAAAGACGAGGACAUCUCAAUCACAUUCAGUUACUGGGACGGUUCCGGCCACAGGCGAAAUGUGCUCAUGAAAAAGGGCAACUCAAUCUAUCAGUUUCUGCAGAAAUGCCUGGAGCUGCUGCGCAAGGAGUUCAUCGAGCUGAAAACCGUGAUGGCCGAUCAACUGAUGUACGUCAAGGAGGAUUUGAUACUGCCGCAUCAUUACUCCUUUUACGACUUCAUUGUGACCAAGGCACGCGGCAAAUCCGGGCCGCUCUUCCAGUUCGAUGUGCACGACGAUGUCCGCAUGAUAAGCGACGCCUCCGUCGAGAAGGAGGAAUCGCAUGCGGGCAAAGUGCUGCUGCGUUCAUGGUAUGAGCGCAACAAGCACAUAUUCCCAGCCAGUCGGUGGGAGCCAUAUGAUCCCACCAAGUCCUACGACAAAUACACAAUCAAGGAUAAGGAUAAAGAUAAGAGCAAAAAGUAAAUGUGAUCGUUCUAAAUAAUGUCCCAUUUUCCAAACAAAAUACAUUUAUCGAAAUUCAAA